UAAACUGCUGUCUUCAUCAAAGUGUCUCAUCACAGUUCCUAUUUUGGCCAACCACAUGAAGCUGUGGUUUGUGUAUCAGAAAAACACCCAGGGCUACUGAUGCAUCUGAUCUUCACUUGCAUGUAAUACGGAAGACAGACACUGCUGAAAAUCCUUGAUCUCUCACAUCGAGUAGAGAUGGCGUCUGUAGAUAUUGCGAUGGACAUUCAGCAUCAUGAUGAACCUUUAGGUUUCAGAAACACAGAUAAUCAGCCGCUGGUCAAACAUUACCGCGCCAGUGAACCUUUACCUGGAGUUGUGCCAGUUCUUCACAGCUUCCUACAGAAGGGUCCUGCCAGUUGGGCCGCUGUUCAGGCCUCCAGUGGAAUCUUGAGUUUUGGUAUUGGAGUCGUGUUUGCUGCGUCCUUUAAAAUCAGUGAAUAUCUUCUGACUUUAUUCAGAGUUCCCAUCUUGACUGGAAUCCUGUUUAUGUUUACAGGAAUCUUGUCUAAUCUUCUGUACAAACACCCGGAUCUUCUGCAAACGUGCUUCUGUGCUAAUAUUGGAUGUUUGGUUUUUUCUGCGAUUGGAGUGAUUCUGUUAUCUGUUGAUCUCAGAAUAAAUGAAGAUCAAAUCCAGUUUAAGAUGGAGGUUCUGGUGUUGUGUGUUACGCUGAUGGACUUGAUCAUCGCUUCACUUCUAAUUUUCUUCAUUUACAAAGAAAAAAAACGGAAUCAUAAACAAUGAAUGAUGUUCAUCUGUCAAUCAUUCAGACAUUACUUGAAAUGUUUGUGUUAUUUCUUAAUAGCACAGACCAUCGUAGAAAUAAAGAAGUUAAAGGCAGAAGUAUCUUUGACUGUGGGAAGCCUGUGACUAAUUUCUCAUCUAAUGCUUUUUUAGAAAUCUCCGUCAUUAAACAAUUCUAAAAGAGUAUUGCAGUGUAAUGACUGUCAUGAGAAAGAGUUUUUACCAUGUAAGGAUGUUUUUAACUGAAGCACAAGGGAUCCAAAAUAUCCACCAUCAUUUAUGCUAAAGAUUUCACUGAAUGAAGCUCUGAAACAUCACAACCCUCGAGCUGUAAUAUUGACAUUCAAUGAAUUAUUUCAGCUGUGCAGUAAAACUUUGUUAACAAAACAUUGAAUGAUAAAUGUGUUAUCUGUUAAAUAUUUUCUGCUUACAGCUGUAUUUUUUAUAUAUUGUAUGAAUUCUCUCAUGACCUCUAAAGCAUCGAGUUGCAUUUCUGUACAUUUGCAUUGCACUGAAUUAUGUCAUGAUAUAGCGAUUUAUUUUUGUAUUUACCUGUUAACCUGUAUAAUAAAUGUACGAAGGACGCCUGAUAUAAAGCGGCAUGUUUUAAUAAACCACAGAAAUCAAA